UAAGUAUGAUACGGUCGCGAAAGAGGCUUCAAGUUGAAUCUCGACAUCAGACAACUCAGCUUGUAAUGUCCGUAUGCAGUCUCUCUUCUCGUGUUUUUUUUUUCUUUUUUGGAUUGCGAUGAUCAAGAUCAUGCAAGGUAUUUUUUUAUGCCUUUUUGCUUUCUUCCUGAAAACCAGAUUCCCGCCAAUGCUUAUCGUGAUCUUGGAGAACGCAGAGACAUUUUGUCGUGAAAAUGACUUUCUUUCACAGAGAUACAUUUCAUGGUAGCUAUUCU